AUUUCUAAAUUUCCUUUCAUUUGGAGUUCAUUUGAGUUUCAUUUCGCAUUCCACCAUUUCGUCUCUGUUCUUCACACACACACACACCGCAUCAAACAGACACACACAGAUAUCUCCAUUUCAAUGUAUAUAUACAGUUCCUAUAUGUAGAAAAAAAAAUCUGAUUAAUUAUCAGCUUUUAUGUUAGCACGGAAUGGCGGCGAUUCAGCUCGAAAAAAUCAUGAAGGGAAAGCCUGUGAUAACUUUUCCUAGAAACCUCCGAUUCUAGAUCUCGGUCGAUUCGGCAGCCGGAAUAAUUUUUCUGUUGUGUUGUUGGAUUUAAGAAUUUUUAGAUCGGGGAUUAGGUAGCUGGUAGAUUGUUUUUGAGGUGAAAUUAGGCGAAAAUGCCGGGGCAUGGGGAUCUGGAUAGGCAAAUAGAGCAAUUGAUGGAGUGCAAGCCGCUAUCGGAGGCGGAGGUGAAGAUUUUGUGCGAUCAGGCGCGGGCUAUUCUCGUGGAAGAGUGGAAUGUGCAGCCGGUGAAAUGCCCCGUCACUGUGUGCGGCGAUAUCCACGGACAGUUUUACGAUCUGAUCGAGCUGUUCCGGAUUGGCGGCAAUGCUCCUGACACGAAUUAUCUCUUCAUGGGGGACUACGUCGACCGUGGGUACUAUUCGGUGGAGACAGUCACACUCUUAGUAGCCUUGAAAGUUCGUUAUAGAGAUAGAAUCACAAUCCUCAGAGGAAACCAUGAAAGUCGGCAAAUCACUCAAGUGUAUGGGUUCUAUGAUGAGUGCUUGAGGAAGUAUGGCAAUGCCAAUGUAUGGAAGUUUUUCACUGAUCUUUUUGAUUAUUUGCCGUUGACAGCACUUAUCGAGAGUCAGGUCUUCUGUUUACAUGGGGGUCUUUCACCAUCACUGGAUACCUUGGAUAACAUUCGAGCUUUAGACCGCAUACAGGAGGUUCCACAUGAAGGACCAAUGUGCGACCUUUUGUGGUCUGAUCCGGAUGAUCGUUGCGGAUGGGGCAUAUCACCACGUGGGGCUGGCUACACCUUUGGACAGGAUAUAGCUGCUCAGUUCAACCACACAAACGGCCUCACACUAAUUUCAAGGGCUCACCAGCUUGUCAUGGAGGGCUAUAAUUGGUGUCAGGAAAAGAAUGUGGUGACAGUGUUUAGCGCCCCGAACUACUGCUACCGCUGCGGAAACAUGGCUGCAAUACUUGAGAUCGGGGAGAACAUGGAGCAGAACUUCCUCCAGUUUGAUCCAGCUCCCCGGCAGAUUGAGCCCGACACAACCCGCAAGACUCCAGACUACUUCUUGUGAAGUCGUAAGGUUCGUGGCAUGCUUGCAGUUAAUAUUUACAGUAGAUGUGUCUUUUAAGAGAAAAAAAAAGAGUGUUGUUAUUCGAGGAUUACUGUCGACGUCAUUCUUUGUUUGGAUUUAGGCCCGGCUCCCGAAUUCCCCGUUUUGUUCACCGGUAACUAACCAAGGCACAGAGAGUAUUUUGUAUAUUUUGUCCGAACUCAAAGCUGAAAAACAAAUUUAUAUGGUGUUUCUGUAAUUUACAAAAUGGCUUUGAUAGGA